UUGCUUAUUUCGUGACCUUCUUCCUUCCUUCCUUCCUUCCUUCCUCUCACACUCACAGACAGAGAGAAGCAGAAAGGAUUUUAGGGUUGUUGUGUCUCGUUAGAAUGGAUAGAUACCAAAAAGUAGAAAAACCGAAGCCAGAAUUACCCAUAAAUGAGAACGAGAUCCGAAUUACUUCACAGGGCUUGGUUCGAAACUACAUCAGCUAUGCCAAUACUCUUCUUCAGGAGAGGCAUGGGAAAGAGAUCGUCUUGAAAGCAAUGGGUCAGGCAAUUAGCAAAACAGUUGCUAUAGCAGAGAUCAUCAAGAGAAGAAUGCCUAGACUUCAUCAAGACACUGCUAUCAGCUCAGUAAGCAUAACAGAUGUAUGGGAGCCUAUUGAAGAGGGUCUUUUGCCUGUGGAGCAGACCCGCCAUGUUUCAAUGAUUUCAAUCACGUUGUCAGUACAAGAACUGUACAAAAAUUCCGCCGGGUAUCAAGCUCCUUCCGAGGUUGAACAGAUGAAGCCACGGUAUAACAAUUACCAGCCCCAGCUGCAGCAACAACUACCAAGACAAACACGUGCAGGCUAUUAUGCUGUUAAUGAAGAUUCAUAUGGGCGAGGACAAGGUCGUGGUAGAGGGAGGGGACGUGGUUGGAGCAGAGGUGGAUAUGGAAACUAUCAAGAAAAUGGUGGUUACUCAAACAGGGGCCGAGAAAAUGGUGGUAACUCAAACCGGGGGCGAGAAAAUGGUGGUCACUCAAACUGGGGCCGAGGAAAUGGUGGUUACUCAAACUGGGGUGGAGAAAAUGGCGGUUACUCAAACUGGGGCCGAGGAAAUGGUGGUUACUCAAACUGGGGCGGAGAAAAUGGUGGUUACUCAAACUCGGGCCGAGGUGGAUGGGGAUAUCGUGGCUCUGGAUAUGGAAGAGGCAGGGGUGGAGGUGGCAGAGCUUAUGGACGCGGACGCGGACGCAUGGACCUCCGUCCUCGAGGUGGUGGCAACCAGGCUUAGUUGGGGAUUGGCACAUUGUGGUUUUGCACAUUUGCCUUGGCUUAGUGGUUUUUCUGUCCAAAGUAUGUCUAAAGAAAAGCAUGAAAUUGUGGGUGGUUGUUUCAUAUGCAGUGAUUUUGUUGUUUUUCAGCAUGGUGGAAUGUGGAAAAGCUUAUAAAUGGAUAUCUUUUUAGUGAAGAUAACUUUUAUUCUGUA